CCAACCAAUGGCACGUCUGCGGGCGGGGCUACUCUUUUUGUGGAGACCGUCUCUUAACUGGCGUCGAAGCGCUUUUGCGUCGGUCACAGUUUGCGAGAACGUUCUCGAGAUACCCUGUUCCCGAGGGCGUCUCUGAUUUAUUGCCUGUAUUAUUUUUUUUAAAUCCCUAUCCGUUGGAAAGGUGAACCCCUCAUUGAUCGGCAUCCUUGCCGUGCCUUUUCGCUUUCCUGUAAUAAUAAAUCCCACCAGUACCUUCCGUAACCAACAAGUUCAUCCCGUCCAAGGGCGAGCAGCGUUGUGUUUAUGUCUUUAUUUUACGAAAACGGUGAGUACCUGGACGAGAGGAGCGACGGAUGGGAAAGAGCUGUUGCGCAGCUGUUGGUACCUGUGUGGGGGAAACUUAGCCAACAACCAAGGAGCUUGCAGCCUCAGUGGCGCAAACAUUUUCAUGUCAAAGACCGAGUACACUUACAGUCGUUUAUGUCAUCCACUCUUCUCAAGACAGAAGAUACCAAAAAAUUGCAAUCAAAGAUCUUUUUAUCUUAUUGAUAAAACAUCUAAAAAGCCAAAAUGUCUGUCAACGUUAACCGCAGCGUUUCAGACCAGUUCUAUCGCUACAAAAUGCCCCGUCUGAUUGCCAAGGUUGAGGGCAAAGGAAAUGGAAUUAAGACCGUAAUAGUCAACAUGGUUGAUGUUGCAAAGGCACUUAAUCGGCCUCCAACGUAUCCCACCAAGUAUUUUGGUUGCGAGCUGGGUGCACAGACCCAGUUUGAUGCCAAGAAUGACCGCUACAUUGUCAAUGGAUCUCAUGAGGCGAAUAAGCUGCAAGACAUGCUGGAUGGGUUCAUUAGAAAAUUUGUGCUGUGUCCAGAGUGUGAAAAUCCUGAAACUGACCUGCAUGUCAAUCCUAAGAAACAAACCAUUGGUAACUCUUGCAAAGCCUGUGGAUAUAGAGGCAUGCUUGACACAAGACACAAACUCUGCACGUUCAUUCUUAAAAAUCCACCUGAGAACGACAAUGGAUCCGCAAAGAAGGAGAAAGAAAAAAAGAACCGUAAAGGAAAAGAGAAGGAAAAUGGAUCUGGCAGUGGAGAAGCAGCCAACCAUAAUGAAAUUGAUGCACCUGAUGCAAUCGAUGGAGAUGAUGAAGACGAUGACUGGGGUGAAGAAACAACAGAAGAAGCUCAGAGAAGAAGAAUGGAUGAAAUUAGUGACCAUGCCAAGAAUCUCACUCUGAGUGAAGACCUGGAAAAGCCAUUGGAAGAAAGGGUCAAUAUGUUCUACAACUUUGUCAAGCAAAAGAAGGAGGAGGGAGUCAUUGAUGGUGCAGACAAGGAAAUUCUUGCAGAAGCAGAGAGGCUGGAUGUAAAGGCGAUGGGCCCUUUAAUUCUCAGUGAGCUACUAUUUGACGAAAAUAUUCGUGAUCAAAUCAAGAAGUACAAGCGUCAUUUUCUGCGUUUUUGCCAUAACAACAAAAAAGCUCAGAAGUACUUGCUUGGUGGAUUUGAAUGCUUGGUUAAACUGCAUCAGGAUCAGCUAUUGUCUCGAGUUGCUAUUAUUUUGAAAGCUAUGUAUGAUGCAGAUCUUCUAGAAGAGGAUGUCAUCCUUGCAUGGGCUGAAAAGGUGUCCAAGAAGUAUGUUUCGAAGGAGCUGGCCAAAGAGAUCCAUGCAAAAGCUGCUCCUUUUGUCAAAUGGUUAAAGGAGGCAGAAGAGGAGAGUGAGGCUAGUGAGGAUGAGGAAGAGGAAGAUGAUGAAAACCUGGAGGUUGUGUAUUCCUCAUCGGUUAAAGAACUGAAGGUUGAAACUGUAAAGCCUGAACACAAGGAGGAAGAUGAUAUUGAUAUAGAUGCCAUUUAGAGCUGUGCUUUGCAAAACUUGCCUGCUUUUUAAAAGUAGAUUUUUUUUUCAAGGCUAUGGUGAUAAAGCAAGCAUUCUUGCAUAGCUUCUUGACCCUUUUUAUCAUCACGCGUCAGCUUUGAUGCAUUGUGUACUUAAGUCUACCUUAAUUAUAAAAUGCUAUUUUUGAUUUUGAGCGUUUUAUAGUUGUGUGCUUUUUCCUAUACACACCAGGUGUGGGGGCAUUUAAUGUAUGUAAAUUAAAUUUGAAUGGCAAUGUUAUCUUGUAAUCAAAUGUGUGAUUAAACUUCAUUGAAAACUGAUUAA